UAGCUAGCUAUACAGGAUUGCUUGCCUAAGCUGGAGGCCAACAUGUAUAAAUACCUAGCUAGGCCCGGGUCUGUGUGAAUUAAUUCACAGCAUACAUAGAUAGAGCUCCAUUAAUUCUAGGGUAUUGUAGUGCUGCAACAUCGAUCAGCUAGCUGCUGGCGUAUCCAUUUGAUUCAGAGCGUCCAUCCAUUAUGGGCUGGGGUGACUGCAAGCCUACGGCAACAAUGGUGUCCGUCGUUGUGGUGUUCGCGGUGCUCAACACGCUGACAAAGAUGGCCUUCAACCAAGGGAUGCACACCACUGUCCUCAUCACGCUUCGUCAGCUCACCGCCUUCCUCUUCCUCGCACCAAUCGCCUACUACCGGGAGAGGAAGACACGGCCUAAGAUGACACUUGAGAUCUUUGUCUAUCUCUUCUUCAGUGCAGUGCUUGGUGCCUCACUUACCCAGUGGCUGUUCUUCGUGGGGCUACGAUACACCACAGCAACAUUUGCAUGUGCCUUCAUCAACAUGACUCCCAUGUUCACUUUUCUCGUAGCACUCCCUUUUGGGAUGGAGAAACUGGACCUCAAGACUGGAGCCGGCAUAGCGAAGGUGAUUGGCACAGCAGUAGGGUUCACAGGAGCCAUCGUGCUUGCGCUCUACCAAGGUCCAUCACUGACCAAACCCUCACCAGCCCAAGCAGCAGCAGCCCACCAUGUUCUUGCUCACCAUCAGUGGGCGAUUGGGUCUGUGGCCCUGCUCGCAGGCGCAGCGUGUUGGUCCUUUUGGUUCAUCCUUCAGUCGAGACUGGGGAAGAAGUAUCCGGCUCUCUACUCUGGAAAUGCGCUCAUGUUCUUGCUCAGCUUCCUUCAGAUGGCUGCUGUGGGGCUGGCCACGGAGAGGAAGGACCUCUCGGUGUGGAUCCUCAGAACCAAGCUGCAGAUCAUCACUGUGCUCUUUGUGGGGAUCAUGGGGUCUGGAGUUGGUUUCUUGGCCAUGUCUUGGUGCAUCGAGCAAAGAGGUCCAGUCUUCACCACUGCAUUCACGCCUCUCAUACAACUCAUAGCAGGAGCUAUCAACGUCGUCGCUCUCCAUGAACAGCUCCAUGUUGGAAGCGCCCUGGGCUCUGCUCUGGUAAUUGCUGGGUUAUACUUUGUCCUCUGGGCAAAGACCAAAGAGGCGGCAUCAGAUGCUCCUCCAACCACCAAUAUUGUUAAAUCAAAGCAAGCAACGACGGAACAAGGAGAGAGUAAUUAUGUAUGAUGAUAACUAAUCACAGCAGAAAAAGAAGGAACUAAUUAACCAAAUAUAUAGUCGAUCUGUAUGUAUGUAUUUAUGUAUGUGUGGGAAGAAAACAGUUUUUAUUCUCUAACAUAAAAGAGGAGGAGUUUUGUAUGUGCUUUUUCUUCUUCUUUUGAUUGACAAGUGUUGUGCAACAGUAGCUGAACAAGCUCAUUAUUAUGGCAUACUCCAAAUGUUUUCUCGAUUAACAAAGGACAAAAUCAAGGUUCAGAUUUAA